CAAUUUCACCCUCUUGACUGAGGUGCCCUCCAGCUCCAAACAAAAAUCAACAUCGCCCUUUGGUCUCUUUCCAACCCAACCCAACCCAACCCACUCUUCCCUCCGUCAAAGCUAGGUCUACUUCAGCUCGACGACUUCGGCCCAUUUCUCUCCUCCUUCUCUCUACUCCUCCAGAUUACAUUCAUCCACAUCCAUCAACAUGCGUGAGAUUGUUCACCUCCAGACCGGUCAGUGCGGUAACCAAAUUGGUGCUGCUUUCUGGCAAACCAUCUCUGGCGAGCACGGCCUCGACAGCAAUGGUGUCUACAAUGGUACCUCCGAGCUUCAGCUCGAGCGCAUGAGUGUUUACUUCAACGAGGCCUCUGGCAACAAGUAUGUUCCCCGAGCCGUCCUCGUCGACCUCGAGCCUGGUACCAUGGACGCCGUCCGUGCUGGUCCCUUCGGUCAGCUCUUCCGUCCCGACAACUUCGUUUUCGGUCAGUCCGGUGCUGGAAACAACUGGGCCAAGGGUCACUACACUGAGGGUGCCGAACUUGUCGACCAGGUUCUCGACGUCGUCCGCCGUGAGGCUGAGGGCUGCGAUUGCCUCCAGGGUUUCCAGAUCACCCACUCUCUCGGUGGUGGUACCGGUGCCGGUAUGGGUACUCUGCUCAUUUCCAAGAUCCGCGAGGAAUUCCCUGACCGAAUGAUGGCCACCUUCUCCGUCGUUCCCUCCCCCAAGGUCUCUGACACCGUCGUUGAGCCCUACAAUGCCACCCUCUCCGUCCACCAGCUGGUCGAGAACUCCGAUGAGACCUUCUGUAUCGAUAACGAGGCCCUCUACGAUAUCUGCAUGCGCACCCUGAAGCUGUCCAACCCCUCCUACGGUGACCUCAACUACCUCGUUUCUGCUGUUAUGUCCGGUGUCACCACCUGUCUCCGUUUCCCCGGUCAGCUGAACUCCGAUCUCCGAAAGCUCGCCGUCAACAUGGUGCCUUUCCCUCGUCUACACUUCUUCAUGGUUGGAUUUGCUCCUCUGACCAGCCGUGGUGCUCACUCUUUCCGCGCUGUCAGCGUUCCUGAGUUGACCCAACAGAUGUUCGACCCCAAGAACAUGAUGGCUGCUUCGGACUUCCGCAAUGGUCGCUACCUGACCUGCUCGGCCAUUUUCCGUGGCCGUGUCGCUAUGAAGGAGGUCGAGGAUCAGAUGCGCAACGUCCAGAACAAGAACUCUUCUUACUUCGUUGAAUGGAUUCCCAACAACAUCCAGACAGCCCUUUGUGCCAUCCCUCCCCGAGGACUUACGAUGUCUUCGACCUUCAUCGGAAACUCCACUUCUAUUCAGGAGCUCUUCAAGCGUGUUGGUGAGCAGUUCACUGCCAUGUUCCGACGCAAGGCUUUCUUGCAUUGGUAUACUGGUGAGGGUAUGGACGAGAUGGAGUUCACUGAGGCUGAGUCCAACAUGAAUGAUCUUGUCUCUGAAUACCAGCAGUACCAGGAUGCUGGUAUUGAUGAGGAGGAAGAGGAGUACGAGGAGGAGCUCCCUGAGGGCGAGGAGUAAAUCUACUCCGCAGUGUGCUGAAAUAACUGGCCGCUAUGUUAUGUUUGUCGUAUAGCCGGCCCGCAACUUCUUUUCGAGUGUAGUUGUUGUAAUUCUGGGGUAAAGAUAUCCUCAAUAGUGGCAGUACACCAUAGUUGUAUGAGCCGAAUAAAAUUCCAAGAGUACUAUUGUACCAAUUCAAUUCUCAAAGAUGGUGAAACUAGCA